CAGCAUUCCUCUGAAGGAGAGAAAAGAAACAGAAAACCAGCUAAAAACAGGACUAUUGCUAAAAAAAGUGGGAAGAAUAUGUUGAAGUUUUCUGUGCUCCUAUUCUUUGCCCUCUUAGCAGUGUCUACCAGCAAAGGGCAUCAAUGUCUAAACGGGCCUACUCACAAGAAGAAAGCUACCCCAGAGCCUGACUUGCAGGAAUGCACCAUAUAUAAAAAAUCCUCUUGUUGCCAUGCAAGCUUUACAAAGGAGCUGGCUCAGUCACCAGUAAUGAAAGUAAAUAACACCUACUGGAACAGAUGUGGAAAUCUCAGUGAACCCUGCGAGAGUUACAUGAAGAAGAUGGAGUGCUUUUACAGGUGUUCACCAAUUGCUGUUUACUGGGCAAAAUCCAACUAUUCAGCUGCUAUUGAAUCUGUUCCCAUCUGCCAAAAGUUCUGUGAUGGCUGGUAUGAAGCUUGUAAAAAUGAUUUCACUUGUGUCAAUAACUGGUUGACAGACUGGGAAAUUGAUGAAAAAGGAGAAAACCGUUGUAGGAAUAAGUGCAUCCCAUUCAACCAGAUGUACAACAAUGGCACUGACAUGUGUGAGAACAUGUGGGGAAAUUCAUUGAAGGCAAACAACUCCACCUGUGACUGCUUGAACCUGAAUGAAAAUGAUAGCCAGUAUGUACAGCCUGACAGUUCCAGUAGCAACAGCAGCAUAAGUGACCAGCAGGCCUGUCACAAGGUGAUAGAACUGGAGUCACUGAGGAGGAAGAAGAAGAAGAAGGCAUAGAGACAGAGUGAGUGCCAAAGUCAUGGUUGCAAUGGUUGGAUGCUGGCUUUGAUAGGAUCAUAUUAGGCUGUUCUGCCAUUCUCAUUUGGGAUAGCACAUCAGUUAAAUCAUGAUUAAAGGUGCCAAAUUUAA